AUGGGACUGACACCAGGAUACGACCGAACCUGCGCGGGAAUAUCUAAAGAGGAGUCUGACGAGCGAGCAGCUAAUGGAGAGCUUCAUGUUGUUCGUCUACGGGUUGAUGACCAGUAUCCUAUGUUCAACGAUCUUGUGUAUGGAAAGACCGGCCAGAAUCGUCCGGUUGGACAACGAGGGGGACACGAGGGUGUAUAUCUAGACCCAAUCCUUAUAAAGUCCGACGGUCACCCAACCUACCAUCUUGCCAAUGUUGUGGAUGAUCACUUCAUGGAGAUAACCCAUGUUAUCCGUGGCACCGAAUGGAUGUCCUCAACGCCCAUGCAUAUGGCUCUGUAUAACGCCUUUGAAUGGAAACCGCCACAGUUUGGCCAUGUACCCCUAUUGGUUGAUAUGAACGGCCAAAAGCUCAGCAAGCGGAACGCAGACAUCGAUAUAUCCUUUUUCAAAGAUCAGCAGGGUAUCUUCCCGGAGACCCUUUCCAACUUUGCAGCCCUACUUGGGUGGUCUCAUACCCGCAAAUCAGACGUGUUCAGCCUAAAGGAGCUAGAAGAGAACCUUACCAAAGGAAACACUGUUGUUGCUUUUGAAAAGCUUUGGUUCCUUCAGAAAGCACACGCUAAACGGUAUGCUGCUGAAGGAGGUCCGCAGUUCGAAGCUAUAACCCAGCAGGUUGUCAAUGCAGUUCUGAGGAGAUUUACCCCUGAAAAUCUAUCGCCUCUUCUCAAAGGCAGGCCACUCAAUAAAUAUGUAGCAUCUCUCCUGCAAGAAGGUGCUCGAUCAUAUACCACCGCUGAAGAAUUCGUUACGCAAAACGAAACAUUCUUCACGCAGGCAAUAAGUCGGCCCGCAUAUACCUCUGCUGCUGCUGCUGCUAAAUAUCCGUCAUCUGAACCAGCGAUCCCAAUAUCCACCCUCCAUACUGCUGCUGCUGUUCUAACCAUGAUCCCCGAGGAGCACUGGACAGCCGAAAUUCAUCGUUCAAAUAUUGCUUCUUAUAUAUUUUCCGAUACUUCAGUCUCCACCCCUGAUGGGGAUGCUUCCAUUGCAAAGACGGAACAGGGGGCUAGAAAAGAGCUUUUCCAUUACCUUCGUUGGGCUCUUUCUGGAGGCGCUCCUGGAAUUGGCAUUCCUAACACUAUGGAGAUAUUAGGACGAGAUGAGACUGUUCGUCGAUUGCAAGACGCUAAAGAGGCCACCAAACCUCUCCUUCCUCAGAAACAAAUGCCAAAUAAAAAAAGGCCUGCGUCAACUGAGGGAGAAUUACAAUCUAAAGCCUGGAUGGGAUCACUUGCUGGCCUGUCCACGUAG